AUGGAGGGUGAUGACGAAAAACCAGAUUUUGUUUACGUGUUUUUGGAAACACGGUUCAAUGUGGGGCCUAGUAAAUCCACUUGGUUUUUAAAGUCGAAAUCAUACAUGCCAAUACCGUUUAAAUUACCUGCAAGACUAAAUAAAAUCAUGUUUGAGAAAGCAGAGUGUCACGUCCCAAUGUAUGACGAAGGUAUAUGUUUCAUUCCCAACAUUCCAAACGGCAACAGCAUUUACGAGAAAUGUGAUUUAUGUGGUUCAGCUUGGAGUUCUGACUCGCCUAGAGAUCAUGAUUGGUAUAUGUGCUCGAAAUUAAUACUGAGAAGUUUCACGAUGGAUUGCCGAGGUAAGGAAAACCUUCCUUUACGUCAAAGUUUUAACGAAGAAUGGGAUCGUCAUGUGACCUCAUGAAAUGCUUUAGAUUGCGCAAUACGUCAAAGAUGUAACAAAACUAUAUAUAUAUAUAUAUAUAUAUAUAUAUAUAUAUAUAUAUAUAUAUAUAUAUAUAUAUAUAUAUAUAUAUAUAUAUAUAUAUAUAUAUUUAGUUUAUUGUUUUAGUUUAUUUAUAUUAUAUAUAUUUUUUGUUUUAGUUUAUUAUCGAUCUUGUAGCAAUACAUGCUGCAGCGGACGUCUUGAGUACGAUGGUGGAGAAAUCGCUUUACUUAAUAUGGGUAAAUUCGUUAUUACAUAUGAUGUGUUGCGUGAUUUUAUGCAUCAUUUCUUGUUGGGAAGGUUAGUUUAUCUAUGUUACAUGCCUGUAGAAAGUAUGAAGUUAUGGAGCGACGCUACCUCCAAAGUUUAAAGGGCUAACUCCAAAUCAAAAUAUACACUUAAGCAGGGAUGGAUCCAGCAUGAUCUUGUAGGGGCGGGGAGUGCUCUGGUGCCGACUGCCGAGUUGUGUCGGUCAUGUGUGCCAUCCGCCCAUCAACUACUGCAUUUGAAUUGUAAUUGUGGUUCACAGUUAACUUAUUAUCAUGUUACUGUAUCUCAUUUUGUCUUUUUUGCUUUAUCAUAAAAAAAUAGCACCCCCCUGCAUCCCCUCUGGCCAGGUCUAGGGGGUUCCGCACCUCCCCAGUAAAUUCAUCCCUGCACUUGAGUAACUUGUGUAAUUCAAAACUGAGUUGAAAUAUGAAUUGUGGAGUUACUGGCUAACUCCAAAAAUCAUUUGGAACUAGAUAUAACUCCAAAAAUCAUUUAGCGGCUAGGUAUCUAAGCCUGAGGUUGCUAACUCCAAAACUUUUUUUGGAGCUAGGUAUAACUCCAAAAAUCAUUUAGCAGCUAGUUAACUAAGCCUGAGGUUGCUAACUCCAAAAAUCAUUUGGCGUUAGGUAUAACUUACUCCAAAAGGCAUGAAAAAGCUGGAUAUCUAAGCCUUGAGUUACAGGCUAACUGCCUAACUCUAAAGAGUAUGUGUAGCGAGGCGAGUCAGCCUAGCCGCUAGAUGUGUAAGCCUGAAGUUGCUUGCUGUGUUGUUGCUAACUCCAAAAAUCACUUAGAGCUAGUUAUCUAGCGGUACACUUGGCAUUUCGUUCUCGUUCAGAGGCUAAAUGCAUGGUUAUUAAAUAUAAUGUCCAUAUAUAUUAAUGUCCUUUUAGAUAUAAAAUACCUUUCUUGGUAUUACCUUAAAUUUUUCCUAUAUGGUUAAUAAUAUAGGUGUACAAUGUAUACUUACUAUAACGUGUGGGAGGAAACCAUGAAUGAUGCAGCGAAGGCAAAAUUAAGAGAAGUCCUAUCACUCAGCCAAUGGAUGGCCAGCUGGUAUUCGUUUCUUGCUCGUUUGGAUAUUGAUUACGCUAAUGGAUUCUGUUGUCCGAUAUGUGGAACAGAUAAUUUGGAUGUGGUUGUAUGCGAUGGUACUUCACUGUCGUUCAGGCAAUCUUUUUGUACGGACGUGCGUUCUGGCUUGGAGUCAUUACCAACGGAACAGCAGAUAAGAGGAAGAUAAGUUAUUCCUGCAUGUCGUAUUUUUGUACUUAAUCUUAGAAUAACCAAAAAUAACCAAACUAGACAUUUGUGUGGGUUGUAGCGGGGCUUCAACUUUCGAGUGCAUUUCGAUAAAACGUUGACCAUAGUGGUGUUUUCAAAAAACAAUAAAUCUUGCACCAGCCGAAAGGACGAGUGCUGUUUGUCUAUGAAAAACCAAUGAAUUCUUGUUAUAUCGAAAUUUCGCGAGAAAACAUAUACAAUUAUGUUGUUACAAAUUAUGAUUAGCAGUAACUUUCCUAUCCGCUAUUUUUGAAGACAACGUUGUUAUUGUUAUUUAAUAAAAUCAACAUUAUUUUUGCAAUUGUUGCACAUAAUUUCUCCAUCCUAUUUUACUAGGCACGAAGACAGGACAUUUGUCCUUCGAAAGGAUAUUAGGAAAGCUCUAAUUAACGUUGCAAGAGGACCUUCGUCAGAGACGUUGGAAAUUUUAAAUAAUCUUCUGGACUCAAAUGCUCAUCGAUAUGAGCACUUGAAACUGUUGUUAAAUUGGUGCAUUUCGACAUUUGGUUUCGAAUGGCCGAAUGGAGUCGUUGCUUUUAUUGUAGCAAUUGCAAAAAAUUCUCCUGUAUGUGCUAUCUUUCAUGCAGACAGUGAUCUUAUUUCAUUGUGUAACAAAUUGCUGACUGGAUAUCCCAUUAAGAAGCACCCAGUGGAAUUUCAACUCUUGAAUGACACUUGCCCUUUGUUGUUUGAAUUUUUACGUGCUGUUCCCAGUGAUCAACUACCGGAAGAUGUUGUUCCACUAUUAAAACAGCUUCUCGAAAUCGGAUCUAGCCCCUUCUUAUUCACGCAAGCGACUGUCGAAAUUCCAAGCUCUCGUGUGGAGCAAGAUUCCAAUAUAGUCUUCUUCCCCAACCACCCAGUCGUCCGUGAGCGUGGAAGUUAUGUACUGGACAAACGAAGUGAACCGAAGAGUGAGUUUUGCACCAAACGUUCUGGUCGUCACCCUACUCUGCUACCUGGGAUAUUUCUCAUUCAAUGUCGUCAUGGUAAAUUUUCUAAUGUUGAACCUUAA